CAGACGUGCGAUAAAAUACCACCGCUGAUAAACGCACGCAUUCGACCGUUUUGUUCCUUAAAGUGCGUUUUACUUGUAAUUCUUUCAUUAAACUGUCAGAGGGAUAAGUUAUUAAUAUCAAAUGAUGAGUGAUACAUGCAACUGCGCCACAACGGUCAAACCGGAAGCCGAGACUAAGGCAUGCUGUGCCCCUAAAACGAAAAGCUCGUGCAAAUGUGGACCAAACUGCAAGUGUGGGGACGACUGUAAAUGUUCUGAAUGUACAACUGGUUGUAACUGCACAAAGGCGGUCAAACCGGAAGCCGAGACUAAGGCAUGCUGUGCCUCUAAAACGAAAGCCUCCUGGAAAUGUGGACCAAACUGCAAGUGUGGGGACGACUGUAAAUGUUCUGGAUGUACAACUGGUUGUAACUGCACAAAGUGAGCAUGCCAAUGUGGGAAAGAUGGCAAGCAUUGUGGGUGUAACGGAGAAUGUUCUUGCAAGUUGUAAAACAGUGACAACUGUUGGAUUUAAACUGUAUAUAAAAAUAAGACAUGCUUCAGCACAAUGUUAUCUAAAGGCAUCUUACCAUUCUGACAUAUGUCUAAUCGAAAUGAUUCUAUAAUUGAUGUUAACUUGACAACAUGUAAAGAAAUCUACUACAGCAUGUAAGGAAAUUUCAAGCUAUAAUCAGUAUUUCUUGUCUGAUUUUUGUUGAAUCAGUCAACAGUAUUUUCUUGUUUCAAUUUUCGCUUGCUUUGUAAUUGUAGGUAAAACAGGUUGCAACUUUUCCGAAAAAAAUGCUAUACUUGUAUAAACCGCAUGUUGUAUCUUUUAAACAAAAAUAAUCUAUUAAACGUU